UCUUAGGUUCCUCCGCCCCCUCUUCUCACGUGACGCGAGCGGCCGCCAUCUUAGGCUCGCCGCGCCGCCGCCUGGGUCACGUGGGGCGGGGCCGGUGGCGGAGCGGAGGGAGCGGAGCGGCGGGAGGCUGAGGGGCGGCGGGCGCCAUGGGGCAGUGCGGCAUCACCUCCUCCAAAACCGUCCUGGUCUUCCUGAACCUCAUCUUCUGGGCAGCAGCAGGUAUACUGUGCUAUGUGGGAGCCUACGUGUUCAUCACGUAUGAUGACUAUGAUCACUUCUUCGAAGAUGUCUACACACUAAUUCCAGCAGUUGUUAUCAUAGCUGUGGGAACGCUUCUUUUUAUUAUUGGGCUUAUUGGAUGCUGUGCCACAAUUCGAGAAAGUCGCUGUGGACUUGCUACGUUUGUGAUCAUCCUGCUCUUGGUUUUUGUCACUGAAGUUGUGGUGGUGGUUCUUGGAUACAUCUACAGAGCAAAGGUGGAGGAUGAAGUUAAUCACAGCAUUCGGAAAGUAUACAAUGGAUACAAUGGGACAAAUCCUGAUGCAGCCAGUCGUGCUAUUGACUAUGUACAGAGGCAGUUGCGCUGCUGUGGGAUCCGUAACUAUUCAGACUGGGAGGAUACCAUCUGGUUCAAACAAACUAAAAAUAACAGUGUGCCGCUCAGCUGUUGCAAAGCAACCCUCAGCAAUUGUACUGGCAGUUUGACCCACCCGAUGGACCUUUACUCUGAGGGAUGUGAGGCUCUGGUUGUAAAGAAGCUUCAAGAGAUCAUGAUGUAUGUCAUCUGGGCAGCGCUAGCAUUUGCUGCUAUUCAGCUUCUGGGCAUGUUGUGUGCCUGUAUAGUACUAUGUAGGAGGAGUCGGGAUCCUGCCUACGAACUUCUCAUCACUGGCGGAACCUAUGCCUAGAAGAGAACGCGAACACGCAGUUCAAUCUUAUCUCACUUGUGUGGAAGGUGGAUGGGCCAGGUCUACUGCGAUCGCUUUCUUGCUCUAAGCUUGGUCAGAGCACACCUUUCACAGAUGGGACAGCCGUACUGUACACUGGUGACGGGCAAAACAACUCAGCUUUACACACACCCAUAUAAUUACCUGUGACUUUCACUGUUUUAGCCAGCUAUUCAUGUAUCUCAAUGUUUUAGUAUACUAGUAAACUUUCUAAUUUCAGAACCAUUUGCAAGUGAAGUGGAAUUUGGUUGGUAUGAAAGUCAAAGGAUGUGUGCCUACUUUAGUAGAUUACCUCUAAGCAUUAACUGGCUGAUUCCUGAAUAUAGAGAGAGGAUUUCUUAAACCUUCACUACAUGAAAUGUUUUGGCCAAAGUUGUACAAAGGAAGCCAGCUGGAUUUUAAUUUGAGAAAAAAAAGUUGCCCCUUACCAGUGUCGCUUUUUAAAAACACUUAAGUGAAGUCCAGUACACUUUAUAUGUAAAAAUGUAAAAAUAAAAGAAGACUAACCAAAAUAUUAGGAUCGUGUGACUGCAGUUUUGACCUUCAGAGAUCAAAUCUUUCAGACAUUAAUGGUUUAAACUAUAAGCUGGCUUUUCAGGAUUAUAAUGUAUGCACUACUGUUCUAUAAUGAAAUAUUUCAUUUUUCUAUGAAGAGCGGUUUUAUGUGUUGAGUGAACUGUUAGACUGUAGAUCUUGACUUGGUUUGGAAACAAUGUAGCCAUGUAGAGUAGCAAAGUAGUAUGUGGAAGUUAUCUCAACUGUAAAUAGUAAACCCGAUUAAAUAAAUCUCUGUAUAUCCUCCCUGUAAA